AUUUCACCAGAGACAGGACUGCCAAGUCAUUGAACCUCAGCCUGUUGAGGUUUGAGGUGUUGAAACUUACAGAGCAAGUUCGUCUCCGUCAGUGUGUUGACAACCGAGAAAGACAGAGGCCACAGAAAUACUUCGGCCCUUGUCCCCUGCUUUCUCCCUCUCUCGUGGCUAGAACCAACUUUGACUUAUCUGCUUCUCAAUUCAAGACCACCACUCCACAAUGUUCGCUUCUUUAGUUCACCAAUCCGAACGAGAAUACCAAGAUCACCCUUUUGUAUCUCUUCAGCCAUCAUCAUCGUCGUCGUCUGAUGAUACUGCCAUCCCAAUGCUGGUCGACGGCGAAGUCGAGGGACGAGACCAGGAAGAUGAUGAUUGGCCUGGAAAAAGAACAGAGCAGAGAGAACCUUGUUCAUCAUCCGCAGUGAAGAAGGUGGAUUCUAGCGAUGAGACCAAGAGCAAGAGUGUCUCGAAGGAGCCCAAUUUGGAUGGGUUGUGUUGUCCUAUUUGCAUGGAGCCCUGGGGGUCACAAGGGGAUCACCAAGUCAGUUGCCUUCCUUGUGGACAUGUAUAUGGUUUAUCUUGCAUUAGGAGAUGGCUUCAACCUCAUUUGAUUUCUGCUAAGAAAGUUCAAUCUCUUGAGGCUGAAAUUGGCUCCCUUAAGACAGAGAGAGCUGAUUUGCUUCAUACACAAGAUAGUUUACUCAAAAUACAAGAUAAUUUGCUCAAGGAAUUAAGCAAUCUUGAGGAGAAGCAAACUUGUACGGGGAACAUGUCAUUUGUGGAAAUGGGGAGUAAACCUGUUGGAUUUGCCAAUGUUAAAAAGGCUCAUAGAGCAAAAUUUGGUAACCUUUUUACUUGAUUAAGUAAAUGAGUUUCAUUAUGGUUCAUUUUUUU